AUGACUAUACCGAACUUGCAAAUGUCGAGCACGCCUACGACACCAGAGGCUGUGUCGAGGCCUACACCAACAUCAGUGCCGUCGCGUCGUUCCGUUUAUAGUGUGUACGGGAGGCCGCCGGCGUCGAGAUGGUCCGUGGAGACUUUGCCACGUGUAGAGAUGGCAGAGAAGGAAGCAGCUUGUGUGAUAUGUAUGGAGGAAUGGCAAAAAGGUGACGAGGCUGCGGAGUUGCCAUGUAAACACAAUUAUCACUUCGAGUGCGUGAAGAAGUGGUUGAAGAUUCACGCUACUUGUCCUCAGUGUAGAUACGAGAUGCCUCUUGAAGGUGAAGACCAAGACCAAAUGCUGAAAAACGUUGAUGACGACGAUGAUGAUGAUGAUGAUGAUGAUGAUGAUGAUGAUGAAGACUCUAGUGAUUAUUCUGAUUCUGACUCGGACGACUGA